ACAUAUGCCUUGGCAGAGAUAACCUGAUCAGUGUGUCACUCAAGUCAGUCAUGGCUUUAUAUUCCUCCCUCUUGCUGUCUGUCUGGCUGGCUGGUUCUUGGGUUGGGAUUGAACUACGGGGUAUAUAUCGAUGUGCUAUCGUACUAUGAGUGAUCUGAUCUGAGUGGAUCUCUCUGCGUGGCUUCUUCGACGGACUUUGAACGAACUACGAGCUAGCGUGGGCUAGUACAUACACUUCACCAAACAACAACUUGUCUUGCAACCCGAUCUGAUCUAUAUUGCGUCAAUGGGGAUCCCUCGACUUAUGGAGCAUCCUGAUGAUGCUCCCCAGACAAGUACGACCGGGCAAUCGUCAUUUCUCAGACUACCUCUGGAGCUGCGGCUCAUGAUCUACGAAUAUGCGCUGGACGUACCAAACGAAUUCAUGGACCGUCCGAUGAUCGUGAUCAACGAUCGCGGGAAUGUCUUCACUGCACGGGGCCGAUAUCGAGCGCUGUCCAUGUGUCCUAGCUGGGUGGGCGAGAACGGUCGAGUCCGCAGCCUACUCUCAGUGAAUCGACAGAUCCACGACGAGGUAGAGGACUUCGUGUACUCUCAGAACACGCUAUUCUUCCUGAAUUCAUUCAAUCUCGACCGCUUGGGCGCCUUUUUGGACACGAUUAGCGCCACGGCGCGCAAACGCAUCCGCAGCGUUGGGUUUGAGAUCUUCUUCUUCGUCCACUCACAAACAGGCGUGCCGAAACGGACGCUGAAGGAGUAUAAAGCAGCCGCCCGCAUGCUGAUGGAGAAGCUGCCGAACUGGACCAGCACCAUCUUCUAUCUAGAUCCUCGCUUCUAUUUUCCCUCCGCUGCGGUAGGAAACCUGGAAUCAUCCGCUCGGGGCAUCUGGUAUCUGGCGACCAUAUUUGGAGCCUUGCAGAAGGAUCUCCAUUUCUUUCCUCUGCCAUCGAUGCACCAGUAUGUCAUGGAUGAUGCGAAGAAGUCGCUUCAGGCUGAGACGCGGGCGUCUCAGGUGAAGCUUUCUGUCGCGUAGGAGUCGGGUGUUUUCGACCUUC